AUGGCUGCUGACCCGGUUCCCGUACGCGCACAGACUCCUCCACAAGACAAUAAGGGAAAACCAAUCCCAGACACCCCAAUUUCUCAAACAACUGGCAGUUUGCGCGACCAAUACUCCGUCCCUACCGCUCCUAAACCUCCCUUGGCCGACGCGAUCCACCAUCAGCUCCAGAUCGAUAUGGCCGAUACUCUUGUCUCAGGAGUCCCUGUCGACUCCUUCGUAGCCGCUGUUUACGGGUUCAAGUUCGAAGAACUACGUCUCGACGAGUGGUCCUUUUCCUUAGCCCCCGAUCUCCUCAAGGUCUACCGCGAGUCCAUACCCGAGACCAAACAUUACAGGCCGUUCAUGAACAUGAUGAUGCAGCUUCUCCUCGACUAUGUCAAUAACAUGAAACGACUUGACCCGGAAUCAGAUAUCAUCUUUCCAUGCGGUUUCUAUUUCGAUGCGAUCAGCGGCGAUGAGACCAUCUACGGGAGCGACGGAAAGCACACGCGUAAGCCAGACGGGUCUUUGACCGCUGACGCUGGACAUAUGUGCUACCAACGCCUGCGAGAGAAGGCGGCGAAGGUGAACCCAGACGAUCCUGACUUUAAACUCUACUGGGACAACCUCAUGGCGUGGUUCGAGUUCAAGUUCAGCGACGCCUACAAGAAGAAAAACGGGAUCGUGUCGCAAUCGGUGGAGGCUGGAGGCUAUCCUGCCUCCGAACCAGUUAUGCAGGCAGCUAUUAAGCCCAAGGCGCGAAGGGGCAAGAAGUCUUCAAGGGGUCGAAAACGUUCUGCUGACUCCGACCCUGACGCACCAGGCGCCAAGCGGCUCAAGUCGGGCCUCGCUGCCAUUCCUGAGUCAUCCGUUGUCCUCUCGGAGCCUCAGCAUCACGGAAAGCCAGUCGAUUAUUCGCGAGGGCGAGCAGCCAGCUGUCCGAAGAUGGAUAUGCUCUUGGUGGAAGCACAGGCGGCGGACUACGCUGCUGAGUCUCUCCGUACUGGUCGUCGUCGCUACUCGACCGGUGUCUUCAUCCAUGACGGUAGAGUUUCGCUUUGGUAUUACGAUCGCAUGGGACCCAUUUGCUCUCGCGAGUUCGACCCUGUGGAACACCCCCAGCUCCUCCUUCUUGUCGCCGUUGCUCUUGCUCGUGCUGAUCUCCAAAGUCUCGGGUACGAGCCCAUGAUCGUGGCUGGGACGAACACGAUACCUUCGGUUAUGCCGUCUUAUGCUGAUUUGAGGGACAAGUCGAAGGAAUACGGUGAACAGGACCGUUUUGCCGAACUCCGAAAGCUCUACGGGCCUUCCUCGGCAUGCGCGCCAUUUCUCGACUGGAAACACAACAUCCUUCGUCUCAGUUGCGAACUCGACGAUCCACGUCCUGACUUUAACGAGGGGCCAUCAUUCAACGACGAUCAGUCACCGUCUGCUACCGACACAUCUCCACAUACCACAAUCAUAGACUUCCCGAUCACCGAUCGCCCUCUUCACGUCCAACCCGGCGCUCUCGGACGCGGAACGGUUGUCCUUCCUCUAGCCUCUCCCCCGAACAUCGAAAGCUUGCAAGCACCGGAUGGCCUGGUCGCUAAAAUGAGCUGGCAGCCCAAGGGACGGAUGCGAGAAGACGCAACUUUACGGGUUAUUCGCAAGAAGAUAGAGGCGUGGACAGACCACGUUACAGAUCUGAGAUGUUCGACGACGCUUGACAGCGACACCUUGAAGCUGCCUAGGAAGAAGCUGAUGACGCUUAUCGAGGCACGUGUGGAACUGGUCGCUGCUCUCAGAGAGGGGGCGGCGAAAGAUCCUGAUGACGAAGACUUUUUGGAGAUGGUUGACGCCUUCAUCGGGGACAUGUAUGAGGAGCGCGUCCUCGUGGUUUUGGUCUCGCCACGCUACCAGCCGCUGAAGGCCGUGAGGAACAUGGACGAGUUCAGGACCGUUUUCAAGGAUGUCGUGCAAGUUCACUACGUUAUCUACCUUAAGUGCGGAAUCCUGCACCGAGAUCUGAGCGUCAACAACAUCAUGUUCACGCGUCGUGAUGGGCGUAUUAUCGGCAUUCUAAACGAUUGGGAUCUUGCGGCCUACACGAAGUCCAGGGGCAAGGCUACCUCCACUCAUCGUACCGGCACGGCAGCCUACAUGGCGACAGAUCUUCUCAACAGCGCUAACUCAGAUAAGCCGCUAGCUCAUGAAUAUCAGCACGACCUGGAAUCCUUUUUAUGGAUCCUCAUCUGGUGUGCAUUCGUACUUCGCUUCAAUGGAAGGCAGAUAGAAUGGGCGAAGCAGUACACCAAAAUCAAAGAAUGGACCGACACGACUCCGUGGCCAACGAUCGCAAACUCCAAGAGGGUCUUUUUGAACGCUUACUCAUUGCAUCUGCCGUUUGUGACGCCCGAGAUGCAAAGCUUGAAGGCCACUUGGAUUGCCGAAGUUUGUUACUUCAUGUGGCUGACUUUCCUUGCGCGCGCCAAGCCUCCUCUCCCGGAGCGUUUGAAGAACAGAAGGGAUGUUGAGACGGAAUACGACUUCUUCACCUUUGAAAACGUUAUGGGUGUCUUGGACCCGGAGAUGACGGACCCGAAGGAGGAUGUGUUGAAGUAUGGAAAGUCUCUCUGAUCAAGUCUUUUGGCGUUCGUACUGUCUUAUCUCGAGCUCCUUUAUACAUUGAUAGAUCCAUAUUUCCC